AUGCCAGGAAAAUCUGCACUUGAUACAAUGGGUGAAAUGAUUAUCUGGUAUUGUGUUCUUGGUGGCCUCACCUUCCUUGUCGCAUUUGUACAAAUGUUUUGCUUUACAUUGUCUGCUAAACGCCAAAGCACUCGAAUUCGACUUUUGCUAUUUAAGCAAAUGUUACGUCAGGAUGCCAGUUGGUUUGACAGCCAAUCAAUUGGUGAUCUUAUAACCAAAAUGACAUCACUUGUCGACCAAAUAGAGACUGGAAUCGGUGAAAGACUGGGUCGCUUUAUGCAAAAUCUAGUCCUUUUCCUUAGUUCCUACAUUAUUUCCUUUGUAAGUCAAUGGAAACUGGCUCUCGUAGGCUUGGGCAUGAGCCCCGCUAUUGUUAUAUCUUUCGUUAUCCUUGGUGUGGGACUGAGUCAUUAUUCUGUGAAGGAGGAAAAGGAAUAUUCGAAGGCCAAUAUUAUUGCUAGCGAAGCUCUUACUUUCAUCAGAACUGUGUUUGCUUUUAUCGGUCAAGAGAAGGAAGUUCAGAGAUAUACGAAUAAUCUUGGCGCUGCUGCAAAAGUCGCUUUUAAGAAGAAUAUUGUCAUUGGUUUCGGUGCUGGAAUGAUUGCCUUCGCGAUAUUCUCGACCGCGGGUUUACUAUUUUGGUAUGGUGUUAAGAUGCUUGUGGAUGGGGCAAGUGACAUGUCUGGGGGUGCUAUAGUAUCCGUCGUUUUGGGUUUCCUGGUGGGGAGCAUCGCCUUCGGUCUGGUUUUGCCCGAAGUCACCUACUUCUCCCGUGCGAUUGCAGCGGCUAGGGAAACUUUCUACGUCAUCGAAAGAAUUCCUCAAAUCGACAAGGACGCACGAGGUGAUAUCAUUGAGGAUUUUAAAGGCCAUAUUCUUUUCCGAAACGUCUCAUUUCACUAUCCCACUCGACCCGAAGUCAAGACUGUGAGCAAACUUAACAUUGAAAUUCAGCAAGGCAAGACCGUUGCCAUCGUUGGUCCAAGUGGUUCUGGUAAAAGUACUACUAUACAGCUGAUUCAGCGUUUUUACGACUGCAUCAAGGGCCAGAUUUUGAUAGACGGACGAGACAUCAAAACUCUGGAUUUGAAAUGGUUCCGUCAGCAAAUUGGUGUAGUUCAACAAGAGCCAGUGCUUUUCUCUGGAACCAUCUCCGAGAAUAUAUUACUUGGACGUCCAGGUGCAACGCAAGAAGAGAUUAUCGAAGCCGCAAAAUUAGCUGAUGCACAUGACUUUAUUCUUAAACUUCCACAGGCCUACGAUACCGUCAUUGGCGAGGGUGGUGGAGGUAUGUCUGGAGGUCAGAAACAGCGCAUCGCAAUCGCACGAGCUCUGAUCCGCAAUCCGAAAAUUCUCCUCCUAGAUGAGGCCACUUCUGCGUUGGACACACGCUCGGAGAAAACUGUUCAGAGAGCUCUAGAUCGGGCUCGAAGUGGAAGAUCUGUCGUGAUGGUGGCUCAUCGACUCACCACUGUUCGAGAUGCUGACUUAAUCAUUGUAAUGGAUAGAGGUAAAGUGCAGGAGAGUGGCACUCAUGAGGAACUCCUGGCUCUUAAUGGGUCCAAAUCUGGUAUUAAAUCUGAAGCAGCGGAGGAUGAGAGUGACACCGAGGACAACAUAGGUCAAACUGGUGCUGAUGCUGAGGAAUAUGGUCAUCACUAUAAAUUUUCCACCGAUGAGUUACGUAAAAAAAGUCUCUGGUCAGUUACAAGCCGUUUCUCUGAUGCUCAGAACUAUCUUGAGGCUAUGACUGAAAUGUCUGGAACCGCUAAGACAAAGAAGAUGAAAAAUCAAAUGUGGCGAGCUCUGAAAUUGAACCGUCCAGAGUAUCCAUACCUCUUCAUUGGGCUCUUCUUUUCCUUGAUUGCUGGUCUUAGUCAGCCUGGAUUUGCCCUACUAUAUUCUGCAAUGUUUGAUAUCUUCUCCAAAGCCACAACAUUGCAAGAAAUGCUGGAUCUGACGUCAUUCUAUUCGGGAAUGAUGGCUUUAUUGGGAUUCGCUCGGUUUCUCGCUGUCUUCCUAUCGAGUUGUGCACUGGGUUACGCAGGAGCCCAACUUACAAAACGAACCAGAUCUCUUCUAUUUCAGGCAAUGGUUGAUCAGGAAAUCGGGUGGUUUGAUCGAGUAGAGAACAGUCCUGGUAUCUUAACAGCUCGUCUAGCCACGGAGGUAUCGGCCCUGGAGACGGUGACUGGUCUCCAACUUGGGACAUUGGCGGAAGCUAUUAGUCUGAUAAUUGCGUGCCUUGUAGUUGGUUUUAUUUAUAGUUGGGCUAUCUCUCUCGUCAACCUCUGCUUUACUCCUAUUCUCGUUGUGGCCGUGGCUCUUCAGAUGAGUUUUAUGAGACUUGGAGUUGGUGCAAAAGAAGUUCGGGGUUCCCAGGUGGUUCAAGAAGCCCUAACUGCAGAGCGAACGGUGACAAGUUUCGGGCUAGAAGAACACUUCUUCCAAACUUUCAAAGAACGAUCCGCGGCAGCUCCCAGGGAGAAUCUCAAAGAUGCUUUACUCUAUGGACUGGUCAACGCUGUGGCACAGUCUUUACCAAUUUUUCAGUCUGCGUGCUCAUUCUACGUUGGUGCUGUUUUGAUUGAAAAAAAUCAACUCGAUGUUCUCGGCCUUUUCAGAUCAUUUUCGGCUUUCAAUUUCGGUAGUCAAGGUUUGGGUCGAAUUUCUGCUAUGGUUCCCGAAUUCAGGAAAGCUUCUCAUAAUGUCAAGCUCGUAUUUGCCACCCUUGAUCGAAAAACUCUUUCGGAUCCAAAUGAGGGUGAAUUUCCGAGCGAACCUUUCGAUGGCUGUGUUGACUUCCGCAAAAUUUACUUCAGUUAUCCUACUCGUGCUAACGUGAAAGUUCUGAAGGGCUUUACUCACAAGGUGGAUGCUGGUCAGUCCGUGGCACUGGUUGGCCAAUCUGGUUGCGGCAAGUCGACUCUCCUCCAAUUGGUCCAACGCUUCUACGAUGUGUCCAAUCACGGCACUGAAAGUGGGAUAUUCAUUAAUGGACGCAAUUUGCGCAAACUGGCUCCCAAUUGGAUUCGUCAGAGUAUAGGCGUAGUGUCACAAGAGCCGAACCUUUUCGAAUUGAGCAUCAAGGAGAACAUAGCCUACGGAGACAACUCAAGGGAACUCUCCAUGGAGGAAAUAAUGAAUGCUGCAAAGGAAGCCAAUGCACAUAACUUCAUUGAAGCCCUUCCUGAUGGUUAUAAUACAUCAGUUGGUGCCAGAGGUUCUCAACUCUCCGGAGGUCAGAAACAGCGAAUUGCAAUUGCGAGGGCUCUGGUACGGAAACCGAAACUCCUUAUCCUGGAUGAAGCCACUUCUGCCCUGGACAAUGAAUCUGAGCGAAUAGUUCAAGCUGCAUUGGAUGAGGCCAUGAAGAAAGGUGAUCGAACGUGUUUGGUUGUUGCUCACCGUCUAACUAGCGUGGAAAAUUGUGAUGUGAUUGUAGUCCUUCAGGACGGUCGACGAGUAGAGCAUGGAAGUCCUUCUACUCUGAUGGCCUCUAAAGGAGUAUUCUACACCCUGCAUAAUGGAGAAGAUGUUUCCUUUGGUGACAUCACCAUCGAUGAAUCAGAAAAAGUGCUAUUCUUCCACCUGUUUCGGUACUCCGACAUAAAGGACAAAAUCAUGCUUAUUAUUGGCUUUAUUCUCGCUCUGGUAGUCGGUUGCUCAUUUCCUGUCAAUUUGAUCAUUUUCAAAGAAGUGGUAAAUCUCUUGACAUCAGACACGAGUGUUGAUUUGGCUAGAAUGCGCGAAAUGGUUGGAUGGUUUUGUCUUUUGGGAGCUGUUACAAUGGUUCUAGCUUUCAUCGAAAUGUUCUUCUUCAGUCUUUCUGCUAGACGACAGAGUAGACGUAUUAGGCUGAAACUCUUCAAGCAAUUGCUUCGACAAGACGUUCCUUGGUUUGAUCAUCAGGCACUUGGUGAUAUUAUCACCAAACUCACUGCGGACGUGGAUUCGAUUGAAACUGGUAUUGGUGAAAGAUUGGGUCGAUUCGUUCAAAAUUUUGCCAUGUUUAUAUCGUGUUAUGCCAGCGCUUUCACUAAUAAUUGGAAAAUCGCAUUGGUGGGCCUUAGUUCAGCUCCCAUUAUUGUAAUUGCUUUCACUGUCAUGGGUUACACGAUGAGUACCUUUGCAAUGAAGGAACAAAAGGCCUACUCUAAAGCCAAUAAUGUUGCGAGUGAAGUUUUCAAUGCGAUUAAAACGGUGUUUGCAUUUAUUGGACAAGAGAAGGAGAAGGUUCGAUACUCAUCACAACUGGGCGCAGCUGCCAAGGUUUCAUUCUUGAAGAAUACAAUGCUUGGAUUUGGGAUUGGAAUGGUCGGAGGGUCCAUUUUUGCGGCUGCUGGUCUAACAUUUUGGUUUAGUGUGAAGGAAAGUUUAGAAAAUGGCAAUUACAUUGACGGUGGCACUAUUGUAUCAGUUAUACUGUCAUUUAUUUAUGGUAGUGUUGCUAUUGGUUUGGUUCUGCCAGAAUUUUCUUAUUUCACUCGAGCAAAAGCUGCUGCGAAAAACACCUUCUACAUUAUUGAACGUGUUCCCGAAAUCGACAAAAAUGAACCGGGCCUUGAACCAGACUCCAUGAAGGGUGAUAUCGAAUUCAGAAAUGUCUCUUUUGCUUAUCCAAUGCGACCUGAUGUUGUGACGCUGAAAAACUUCAACAUGACGAUUAAAGCGGGUCAAACAGUUGCCAUUGUGGGUCCAAGUGGUUCAGGUAAGAGCACAGUCAUUCAACUGCUUCAGCGUUUCUACGAUCCAAUCGAAGGUCAGGUGUUGAUUGAUGGUCAUGAUAUACGUGAGCUGGAUCUCAAAUGGAUGAGACGCCAGUUUGGUGUUGUUUCACAGGAACCACUUCUCUUUGCCGCAACAGUAAAAGAGAACAUUGAACUUGGAAACCAGGGUGCAACUCUCGAGGAGAUAGAAGAGGCAGCAAAGAUGGCCGAUGCUCACAAUUUCAUACUCAAAUUGCAAGAUGCUUAUGAUACAAUGAUCGGUGAGGGAGGAGGUGGUAUGUCCGGAGGUCAGAAACAGCGUUUAACCAUAGCUCGAGCACUACUUCGGAAUCCUCGAAUACUCCUCCUAGACGAAGCAACAUCUGCCUUGGAUACGCACUCAGAACGAGCCGUGCAAUCUGCUUUAGAUAAGGCUGGAGUUGGUCGGACUGUCAUCAUGGUUGCCCAUCGUCUCACAACCGUAAGAAAUGCCGAUAGGAUUCUUGUCGUUGAUAAGGGUGAAAUCAAGGAGUCGGGAACACACGAUGAACUUGUACGACACAAUGGAAUCUAUGCUCACAUGCUGUCUUUGCAGGCCAAGAAGAAGAAUGAGGAGUAUUCAGAUAGUGAACCGGAAUCAGACAAUGAUGACGCUGAAAAAAGUACUUCGUCUAAAGCUUCAAAGUUGGAGAAUGUAUGGAAGAGAACUGCUGGAGAUGCGGAGAGUGAGAGCAUGGCCACAAAUAGCACAAAUGCUUCAUUUCUGGCCGUUUCAACACAAAAAAACGUUCUUUUACGAGCAUUUCUUCUGAACAAACCCGAAUUUCCUAUAUUCUUCUUUGGACUAUUCGUAUCUCUCUUAUCGGGUGUCAUUCAACCUGCGUUCACUCUACUUUACUCCGAAGUUUUUGAAGUGAAAAAUCACCCUAAUGAGAGAAUGAGGAGAACAAUACUGAUAGCCUGUAUGAUAGCCCUUCUUGGCUUGUUACGCCUGUUAACACAACUUGUAGCGAAUUUGACACUGGGUUGGGCGGGGGCGAAGUUGACUCAAAGAACUAGAGGUUUGCUAUUCAAUGCAAUGAUUGAGCAGGAACCAGGAUGGUUUGAUGAAGUGGCGAACCAACCAGGUGUACUCACAGCUCGUUUGGCCACAGAAGUGUCGAGUUUGGAAGCUGUGACAGGUGCCCAACUGGGCACCAUUAUGGAGUCUGCCUGUUUGAUCAUCGCAUCGACUGUCAUUGUAUUCAUGUACAGCUGGCAACUUGCUCUUGUGAAUUUCUGCUUCCUUCCCAUAAUUGUGGCGAGCAGCGCUUUGCAGGUGAUGAUAAACAAGAGAUCUGUGAUGAACAUCAGAGAAGUCGCAGGCUCGCAGGUUGCACAAGAGGCCCUUGCUGCUCAGAAAACUGUCUUUGCAUUUGGUCUAGAGGACUACUUCUACGGUAAAUUUUUAGAACAAUCAGAUCGUGCUACCUCUGAGCGUGUGAAGGAUGCUGCCUUAUAUGGUCUGGUUCAUGGAGCAGCCAAUGGAUUGAGUUACUUCCAAACGGCCGCGUCCUUCUAUGUUGGUUCGGUAUUACUCAACCAAGGUGUCCUCGAUGUCUUAUCCGUAUUUCGAACCUUCUCAGCAUUCAACUUUGGCGCUCAAGGUAUAACUCGAAUAGCCGCAUUGGCUCCAGAGUUCAGGAAGGCAUCUAACAAGAUUACUUCUGUGUUUGCGACAAUGGAUAGAAAGACGAAACUUGAUGUUAACGAAGGUAUAUUCCCAGACCAACCUUUGAGUGGAAACAUAGUCUUCAAGAAUGUCUACUUCAAGUAUCCAACACGAAAGCAAGUCAAAGUUCUCAGAAAGUUCAACUACUCCUUGAAUCCUGGCAAUUCCGUAGCACUUGUGGGUGCAUCUGGAUGCGGAAAAUCGACAAUUCUUCAACUGGUUCAACGACUUUACGAUGUUAGUAACCACGGUCCAAAGAGUGGGAUCUUUAUGAAUGGACAUGAUAUUCGGAAAGUGGCUCCCAAUUGGAUUCGUCAGCAAAUUGGCAUAGUUUCACAAGAGCCAAAUCUAUUUGAUUUGACAAUUCGUGAAAACAUAGCCUACGGCGACAACUCCCGAGAAAUACCAAUGGAGGAAAUAAUGGCAGCGGCUAAGGAGGCCAAUGUUCAUGGAUUCGUGGAGACUCUACCACAGGCAAGAUUCACUUCAAUUAUAUAA